CUUUCAUUCCAGCAAAGUGCACUGCCGAGCAGGAAUGAGUCACAGGCACGGGCCCUCAGAUUCCCAGAGGUGAGGGUCUGGCUUCUCUCUGUGGAAAAGCGCAGCGAUCUUUCCUCCUGGAGCGGCCUCGGCAGGGGGCUGGAGCGCUUGGUCUGCCCGGUCUGGUCUUGGGGGCCAGGGCUGGGUUUCCCUCAUGUAUGGCAAGAGCCCUACGCGUGCUGUGCUUUUUCUCCUUGGCGUACAGCUCACAGCUCUUUGGCCAACAGCAGCUGUGGAAAUUUACACCUCUCGUGUGCUGGAGGCGGUCAAUGGGACAGAUAUUCGGUUAAAAUGCACUUUCUCCAGCUUUGCCCCGGUGGGUGAUGCUCUAACAGUGACCUGGAAUUUCCGUCCUCGAGAUGGGGGCCCUGAGCAAUUUGUUUUCUACUACCACAUGGAACCCUUCCGACCCAUGAGUGGGCGUUUCAAGGACCGGGUGGUCUGGGAUGGGAACCCUGAGCGGUAUGAUGUCUCCAUCAUGCUCUGGAAGCUGCAGUUUGAUGACAAUGGGACAUACACCUGCCAGGUGAAGAACCCACCUGAUGUUGAUGGGCUGAUAGGAGAGAUCCGGCUCAGUGUCGUGCAAACAGUGCGCUUCUCUGAGAUCCACUUUCUGGCUCUGGCCAUUGGCUCCGCCUGUGCGCUGAUGGUCAUAAUAGUAAUUGUGGUGGUCCUCUUCCAGCAUUUCCGGAAAAAGCGAUGGGCUGAAAGAGCUCAUAAAGUGGUGGAGAUAAAACCAAAAGAAGAGGAAAGGCUCAACCAAGAAAAAAAGGUCUCUGUUUAUUUAGAAGAUACAGACUAACAUCUUGAGAUGGAAGCUGAAGAUUUCCAAGAACAAUCCUAGGUUAAGCUGAAGUUAAUGGAAGCUUUUCUUUGGCUUUUCCAGUUGUGACCUGUCUUCCCACCAGUUCUGCAGUAUAUAACUACCUAGACAAGCCAACGUUCCUCUGCAGCCAGCAUAGGGUCCUUAGGCAGAUAGCACUGGACUCACACAUAGCCCCAUUACUAAGGUUUUAUUUAAUUUCAGAGUGCAGAUAUUUUUGAAAUAUUUGUUAGUUUUUGCAUACGAAGAGGCUAUAUUUUUGCCCUUAAACACUCCUUGUGGAUUACAACUUGUAUACUCAUAAUUUGGCAUCAAAUGGGAUAAAAGCCAACUGGUCUGUCAUAACAUUUCCUUUAAUAUUAAUUUCCUUAGAGCACCAUUCUUGCUACUAAAGUUAACAUGUCUUCUUUUUCCUUCUCACUCUCUCAAUUAAAAGGUGAGAUCAUUC